AAGUACACGAUUCAAAUCAGGUCAACACCUGGCUUGCUUCCUCAGGACGGAUAAUCAUACUUUCUAGGAAAGGCGCCUUGGGGCAGAGAUCGCGAAUACUAAAAAGAGGGAAUGCGAUAGGCCCAACGCAAAAAGACAGCACGCGAUAGGACAAAUAAAAGACACAGGGCCAGCGUUCGGCGGCAAGACCUCUUGCCUUGACACUUGGAACGCAUCCUUGCUUUCGAAUUCCUCGGCGCUUGCACCUUUUCGACAACCCUUUACCACCCUGUUCGGCGACUCUUCCACCUUUGGUACGUGCGCAUCCUCUUUCCACUUUGCCACAUACCGACUCAGUGCUUUGGCACGAGUCCUAGCUUGAACCCUUUCGACCUUCUUGCUACCAAGUCGUGCUAUAACCUCUUGAGGCCUGGUGAUAUUAGUCCUACUGACACGCAGCAGUGGGAUGCUAUUUGGCAUCUUAAGGGUCCAUAUAGACUCAGACACUUCGUCUGGUUGGUCAGGCAUGAUAGACUUCUUACCAAGUAUGCAAAAAUGUGUCGUGGAUUUGGUGGGGAUACUGCUAGUUGUGAUCUAUGUGGAGCCUGCGAGGAUUCAAUUCAUGUAUUGCGAGAUUGUCCCUUUGCUACAGACAUUUGGAGAGUGCUGAUUCCUCCUGCUUGCAACAAUGAGUUCUUUGGUACCUCUUUGAAACCUUGGAUUGACUGGAACCUUAAAACUGGCCCAGUACAAGAUCUCCUCUGAUUGGUCACUUAUGUUUGCUGUUGCCACUCACACUCUCCGGUAUUGGAGAAAGAAGAGAAUUCUCAAUCCACGUCUUUUGAUCAAUAGGAAGAGGAGGAGAAAAAAAGCUUAGGAUGAACAUCUAUUUGAGUAGAUCAUUUAAAAGAGCUAAUGUCAGUUUUAGAUUAUGUAGUGGAAACGCCGUACAAUCUACAGUUUCGAGAUUAGGGGAAGAAAUGUUCUUGGUGGAUGAAGCACCAGCGAAGACCAUCAGUUGUAUGCAAGAUGAGACUCAAAUAUUACAAAUCAACAGAGAAAACAGGUUUGAGAAUAAGGUGGGAUAUAAGCAUAGAGUAGUAGGGGAAUCAAUGAGCAAAAAACAGAUUUUAGAGAGAUUCUUCAUCGAUCUAGUAGUAGGGGAAUCAAUGAGCAAAGAGAGAGCAGCAGAAAGGGUCAAUGAUUUGGUGGGAUACACAGAGAGAGUCGCGGGGCAAACGAUGAUUCUACCACGAAGAUUCAGAAAAAACCGAGCUUGGAUGGAACUGAACAAAAUUUGGAAAACAAAUCAAAAGGUCAAAGGAUUCAUUAUUGAGAAAGCAAAAGGAGGGUAUUCAGUAGCAAUCGCAGGGUUCAUUACCUUUCUACCAUUCCGGACUCUCAUAAGGAAAAGGAUAGCAAAUGAUAGAUUCAACAUUGAGAGCAUUAAAGAAAAAAGGAUGAAUAUUGUGGUCUUCUAACAGCAGAAGAGAAAAAAUAAAACUGAAGGAUGAGCCAAAGAACCAAAAAAAGAGUUUCCAUUACGAAGCAUAGCGUAUACUGAUAACAAUCUCUCACCUUAAUCCAUUCUUUUGUUGAGGGUGAACAAGAAGAAAAAGGGAAAAAGCACAAGAUGAAUAUGAAUCCUAUCAGAGGAGGGUAGUUAGUUGGAGCAAAUAGGCAAUGACUCCUAUUUACCCCUUAAAAGAAACAAUAGGAUUUUUGACUCAUUUCACAUAUAUAUGAGACAAAGCUUUUUAUGUUUUAUGAUUGGCUUCUUAGCAAAAAGAGUAUUGUCCGCUUUCACUGCUUAUGAUUAAGAAGAAGCAGCCCUAAAGGAAGGACAUGCGAGCGUUCUUUCUUUGACACCCGAUCUGGCUGGGGUUUACUCAUAACUGUCACCACGGAAGCAGAUGAGGUAAAAUGAUGCCUAAAAAUAAAGGUACACCAAGGAAGCGAAACUAUAAGUACUUAAUGAAACGCUUUUGUCUUGUUAGAGAGAUGCGGCAGUAGCUCCUAAGCUUGAACCAGAUGAUGCGACAUGCCCUAGCUGACUCUGUGGAUCAAGCGGGUGUAGCGAUCACUUCUAUGACAUGAAUAGAUUUGUUAACUUUUGCAAGGUAUUGAACACAGUCUGAACCCUUCAGGUCGUUGUUGAUGCAAGUUCCUAUUGAUCAAAGAAAUUCUCCUCCCCUACUCGAAUAAAGAAUUUCUCCUUCAUUCACCCGUAUCUGAACCUCAAAGCCGAUAGACGGAAUUCACGAAGUCCACUAUCCUACUCUACUCGCCCAGUCUCCCCUGUGUUUCGACCUCGGAGAGGAAGAAGCUGGGUCGUAGACUUUAUGAGACGGGGGCGCGGAUCAUAGUUCUCUUUGCUCGACUCGAGUUUACCGACCAAACCAGUCACCAAUGUGGAGGGUGGGGAGUCUAUAGGCUACGAUUCACGUAAUUGCGAAUUCAUUUACUGAUUGGCUAGCACAUCGCCUAACAACCUAAAAAAGAAAGGCCGGUCCAUACUAAG